AUGGCCAUGUAUACGUUCAAGCCCUUACAAUCCGCGACGGUCAUAGCCUUGCUUCUCUCUCUCCUUGCCAACGCAGUCUCUUUGCCGGGAUGUCAGGGGAACCCAUCUGCGCAAAAGACGCUCGAUAAUGUCAAGAUCGCAACAGUCGACGUUCCAGCACGGCCAUUUGGAGUCACCUACUUCUCACCCACCAUCGCAUUCGUAGCAUUUUACAACGGAAACGUCAGCACGGUCGGAGUACUGGAUACUCAAUAUCUCACGCCGAAACUCGUUCAUCAGAUCCCACUUCCAGCCAGAUAUCUGAAAUUCGGAGGGUCUGGCAUCGCACUCACCAAAAAUCACCGAUAUCUGCUCGUCACUGCAGGAAUAGAUACAUUCCUCGUUGACUCGAUUAAAGCGGCCACAGGUCAUUCAGAUGCCGUUGUCGCUGUUCUUAACAAUACUGUUCCAAACAGUGGGCAAGCUGUCGAAGUCACUGCGCUCGGGGACUAUGCGUUUGUGAGCCAGGAGUCUUCCGUAGGCCAAGCGUCCAACGGUGCAGGUUCGAUUGAAGUCUUCAAGAUUCCUCAUCGUUCGAAUUCGAGCCGUGAUAUGCCUAUCGUUGAACCGAUUGGAGCGAUCAGUCUAGGUAGCGCUGUUGUUGGCUCUGCCCUCUCGAAAGACAAUCGAUAUCUCUAUGUUACCAGAGAGGGAAUGGCGAACAAGACCGCUCUAAACGGGACUCUUAGCGUUCUCGACGUGGAGACUCUCAAAAGGAAUCCGAGCCGAUCUCUUCUCGCCACAAUUCCCGCAGGUUGUGAGCCUGUUCGUGUCGCCGUGCAUCCAGAUGGCAAAACUGUUUGGGUGACAGUAAGGGGUGCCAAUUCACUGAUUGCCUUUGUCACAGACAAAAUACUUUCCGACCCCGACCACGCCCUUCUGGCUGUUGUGGAGGCUGGAGAGAAUCCCGUUGGCUUAGCGUUCGCCCACAAUGGCAAACGAAUUUUGACGGCGGAUUCUAGUCGGUUCAAUGUGUCUCAUAUCACUGGUCUGACAGUGUUUGACACUGAUGCGGCUUUGCGAGGAGAUGAGUAG